GGGAACUAACCCUUUUUGGUAAUCAAGACGUCCGUCAGGGUACGGUAGGGAUGGCGUAGGAGAAUUCUGAAUUAACAACUUUAGUUGACAGGAGGAACCCUGCGUUCACCAUAGCUCUGUUCUAGUAUUUAUGCUAGGAUCUGGGCAGUAAAAUUAUCCUUACCAGUAACUAUUGACCAACCCGCUUGGAAACCCGCCCUUUAAUCCUCGGGCCACUCAAGACAAACUGACUGCCUUGAAUUGUUUCAGCCGCUGAAGAGGUCGAGGCCGUCGACAAACAGGGGAGAACUCGUGGUGGGUUUUGCCCUGCCAUUUAUCAUCCCUCAUGCCGGGCCCAGCAAAAAGAUCUCAUGAUGGUUGGGGAGAUAAGCCAUCAAAGAAAACCAAGAAAUCAAACCUUUGGUUCAACAAGAGCAAUACGCGCCAAUGGAGUUAUAGGCGUGUCAUCGAGAGAGGUGACGCGGGCAUGUUUGUCACGUCGAACAGGGGAAAGGAAGCAAAAUGCGUCUCCGAGAUGAUAGACAUACUCUAUCAAGAUCUAGAAAGCCAAAAGCUUCUAGCUGGAACACCAAAGGAUGGAACAUCUACCUCGGAUAUAGAUAGUAAACAACAAGAAGAAGAAAAGGAGGAAGACGAUAUCGAGGCUCAAAUCCGCAAGGAAGUAGAUGACUUGAAACCAAACAAGGACAAAAAAAACACCAAUCCUUUCCAGGCGGUGAAACUAGACAUACCCUGCCUUUCCUUCAUAAAAAUCGAUAAAACCCUCGACCCAGUCCAAAUCGCCCAUCGCCUCUGCACAGAGGCGCGGGAAAACCCAUCCAAAAAGCGCAGCCGAUGGAUCCAGCGGAUAACGCCCAUAACACUCACGCAAAAAGUCCUUGGUGGUGGCAUUGAGCAAUUAUCGCGUGAGGUUCUUAAACCACAUUUCCACUCCGGCGGGCCGUCGAAAAAGUACGCGAUCCGCACCUCAAUAAGAAACAACACAGAAUGGACCCGCGACACCUUAAUCCCCCUCGUAGCCAAAGCCGUCGGACCCGGCCACUCAGUCGAUUUGAAAAACUACGACCUGCUGAUCCUGGUGGAUAUCGUCCAGAACAUAUGCGGCAUGAGCGUCGUCGGUCCCGACUACGACGAGCUGAAGAGAUACAAUCUCUCCGAAAUAUACGAUCCGACCCCCAAACCGGGACCCAAGCCUUCACCCGCACCCGCACCCGCAUCCGUGUCCGCCGCUUCAGCAGAUGAAAGCAAUACGCCAGCCGGUGCUGACACUGCCGCUGACGCUACCGCUGACAUUGACUCAACGCCCCCGACUCCAGUUAUCCCAGCAGCGGUAGAAGGUGGAAGUGAGGCAGGAGAGAAAACAACUUGAAUAUAAACCACGUGGAUUGCCCUCCUUUCUCCUCUUCUUCCCUCCUCUUCCCCCCUCUUCCCCCCGGCUGUUGGCGCCACAUCGAUUUAUACUGUAUAUGUGUGCGUGUGUGUGUGUUGUGUUGUAGUCCGGGAACGAGCGAGUGGGGAGUUGGAGCGAAGUUCAUACUCAUGGAGCCGGCAGAAGAAAAUUACAUAGAAAUCGUUUAACAUCCUGUAAAGCAGAAUAUGAUUCACUCGACCUUUUUUUUUC